UCAGCUGUUCUCUGCGGCAGGAACUCACCUGUUCCUCGGUCCAGCGCUGUAGUCUUCCCGCGCCGGCUUCUUUCCCGCCCCGGCAUCUGUCCGCAGUGUCUGGUCAUUCCUGUACUGUCUGCAGUCUCUGGUCAUCCCCUGUGCUGUCUGCAGUCUCUGGUCAUCCCCUGUGCUGUCCGCAGUCUCUGGUCAUCCCCUGUGCUGUCCGCACAUCUCUGUUCAUCUCCUGUACUGUCUGCAGUCUCUGUUCAUCUCCUGUACUGUCUGCAGUCUUUGUUCAUCUCCUGUACUGUCUGCAGUCUCUGUUCAUUUCCUGUACUGUGUCCGCAGUCUCUGGUCAUCUCCUGUACUGUCUGCAGUCUCUGUUCAUCUCCUGUACUGUCCGCAGUCUCUGGUUAUCCCCUAUACUGUCCGCAGUCUCUGGUCAUCUCCAGUAGCACGUCCGCAGUCUCUGGUCAUCUCCAGUAGCACGUCCGCAGUCUCUGGUCAUCUCCUGUAGUAUGUCCGCAGUCCCUGGUCAUCCCCUAUACUGUCCGCAGUCCCUGGUCAUCCCCU